CCGCAUCCAAGUGAGAGUGGGAGAGCAUAACAUCAAUGUCCUUGAGGGGAAUGAACAGUUUGUUACUGCUGAGAAGAUCAUCAGGCACCCUGGCUUUAGUUCGAGGACCCUGGACAAUGACAUCAUGCUGAUCAAGCUGGCUUCCCCUGUGACCCUCAAUGCCCGAGUGGCCACUGUAGCUCUUCCAACCUCCUGUGCACCUGCUGGCACUCAGUGCCUCAUUUCUGGCUGGGGCAACACCUUGAGCUUUGGUGUGAACAACCCAGACCUGCUCCAGUGCCUGGAUGCUCCCCUGCUGCCUCAGGCUGACUGUGAAGCCUCUUAUCCUGGAAAAAUCACCAAAAACAUGGUCUGUGCUGGCUUCCUGGAGGGAGGCAAAGAUUCUUGCCAGGGUGACUCUGGUGGCCCUGUGGUCUGCAAUGGACAGCUCCAGGGUAUUGUCUCCUGGGGUUAUGGUUGUGCCCUGAAGGACAGCCCUGGUGUGUACACCAGGGUCUGCAACUAUGUUGAUUGGAUUGAGAACACCAUUGAUGCCAACUAA